CGUCAUCUUUGGUUUGUCUAACUGUCCAAGAUGGCGGCGCUUAUGGGGCUGCGUGCUUGUUUCUCCGCCCUUCAGCUUACUUCACCAGGCCUCUUGCAAAGCUCCUUCAAACUUUGCGCUGUGCCGCUGAGUCGGCGGAGCUUCGCAGCCGAGGCUAAGAAGACGUACAGCAGAGAGAAGCCUCACGUGAACGUUGGAACCAUCGGACACGUCGAUCACGGCAAAACCACCCUGACUGCGGCCAUCACAAAAGUGCUUGCUGAUGCUGGUGGUGCAAAUUACAAAAAAUACGAGGACAUUGACAAUGCUCCUGAGGAAAAGGCCAGAGGAAUUACAAUCAACGCCUCUCAUGUGGAGUACAGCACAGCCAACAGACAUUACGCCCACACAGACUGCCCUGGCCAUGCUGAUUAUGUCAAGAACAUGAUCACGGGCACGACUCAAAUGGACGGCUGCAUCCUGGUGGUGGCGGCCACCGACGGUCAGAUGCCUCAGACACGGGAGCACCUCCUGUUGGCCAGGCAGAUCGGCGUUGAGCAUGUGGUGGUUUUCAUCAACAAGGCCGACGCCGUGGAGGACAAAGAGAUGUUGGACCUGGUGGAGAUAGAGAUCCGCGAGUUGCUCACAGAGUACGGUUACGAUGGUGAGAACACUCCUGUUGUGAUCGGCUCUGCCCUCUGCACCCUGGAGAACAAGCAGCCUGAGCUGGGAGUAAAUGCGGUGAUGAAACUGCUGGAGAUUGUGGAUUCUUAUGUUCCUCUGCCCAAAAGAGAGCUGGAGAAACCUUUCCUGCUGCCCAUCGAAGGUGUUUAUUCAAUCCCAGGCAGAGGGACCGUUGUGACCGGUACAUUGGAGAGAGGCCUGAUAAAGAAAGGAGACGACUGUGAGUUUGUGGGUCACAACCGUAGCUCCAAGUCGGUGGUUACAGGAAUAGAGAUGUUCCACAAGUCUCUGGACCGGGCCGAGGCAGGCGAUAACCUGGGCGCUUUGGUUCGAGGCCUGAAGAGGGAAGACAUGAGGAGAGGGAUGGUGAUGUGCAAGCCAGGAUCCAUCAUGCCCCACCAGAAAGUCAAAGCACAGGUUUAUGUUCUGAGUAAGGAGGAGGGAGGCAGACACAAGCCGUUCGUCACCAACUUCAUGCCCGUCAUGUUUUCUCUCACCUGGGACAUGGCCUGUAGGGUCACUCUGCCUGAAAGCAAGGAAAUGAUGAUGCCAGGAGAGGACACGUCGUUGACACUUACGCUUCGCCAGCCCAUGGUGCUGGAGAAAGGCCAGAGGUUCACUCUGAGAGACGGAAACAGAACCAUCGGCACCGGCCUGGUCACAGAUAUCCUGACGCUGACAGAUGAAGAUCAGUGCAACUGGGGCUGAAGGGAAAAUCUGUAGAUAAGGCCGGACUGGGCUGUGGAUAAGAGCACCACAGGAUACCACGGGGGUCAGUGAGAGGGCCGACUGGGAGUCUAUCAAAUCAGAUGAAUCUAUUCAGAAAUACAAAAAACUGAAAUAAAAGCAGAGGUGAGGUAGAAACUCAAGCCUUUGUUGAGCAGUCCCACUCAAUCAACAUACCUGUAAACAUUCAACUUUAUGUUGGUCAAAACUGUCCAUUAUGUAAUAAAAUGUAUUUAAUAAUAAAACUGCA